AGUCGUAGAGAGGUGUUGUGUUCAUUUCGAGCAUAAAACGAUAAUUCUAAAACAAUGUCGAAUGAACAUACAUUAGAUUUACAUUACGUGCACGAAUGCUUCCAAAAGAGUUUAAAAGAGGACGAUGAUGUUAUUAUAGAAGCAUACAUAGAUGGGUACAAUGAAUUGGUGAAGUUCCUAAACCUCAUCGGAACAGUGUUUUCGUUUGUAAGUAGUGAUGUGAAGAGUAAAAUUAAGGUAAUGGAGAAACAUAGAACAGGCGACGACUCAAUUUACUAUGAGUCUUUUAAAAAAAUGAUGAAGUACGAAAAAGAAACGAGCCUACACGAAAAGAAUGGUUUUGUUUCUGGAUCUCGUACAAUGCUGCGUUUGCAUCGAGGUUUGGAUUUCAUCCGGCUAUUCUUAAAACGCAUCAGUGAAGCAGAGGAAACAGAAAAUACAUGCACAACUUGUCAAGGCUCAUACAAUGAGACUUUAGCGGAGUUCCAUCCCUGGUAUAUUAGAAAAGCUGCGACGUUAGCUAUGCAUGCUCUGCCAACACGGCCUGAUCUAUUGAAGAAGAUAUUCGGUUCCGAAGACGAACUUAAAGAAGCAUUAACAGUGUUGCCGCAAACAUUACAGUCCUGCGACGAAGUAUAUCAGCGUGUGGAUAAACUUUACACGGAAUUUGGGUUCCACGAGCUGCCAUAGACAAUAAUUCGUUUUUACGGUUACCAGUGUGUAAAUUUGCUCCAUAGUGCAUAAAACGUGAGUGGGCAACAUUUAUUUUAAUAGGGCCUUUUCAUGCGCGUCCGUGAAAUGCUGGCAAAUGACAGGUACAGAUACAAUAAAAUAAAGACAAUAAUAUGCAAUAAGAUAUGAUGAUACAUAGUCUUUAACGAAUGUUGUUCGGGUGGUAUUGUGAUCGUAAUUCUACCAGUUUUUGAGAUUUUAAAACACUCUUGGUUAUUGGCUCAGGUAACAUAAUUUAACAAAAUUUUAUGCUUUCGUAUUUCGUAGUUCUUGUUUGAAACGUUUGAAAAGGCUCUUAAUGGCAGCUAAUAUAAAAAGUUUUGCUCAAUAUACAUACUAAGUAUUUUGAUGUUAAUUACUUACAAAUGUGCAAUUAUUCAACUGCUCUGUUUAACAAUUAUCGUGAAAUGUAUAAGGUAACCGGUAGAAUAACUAAGUGUGCUAUUUUGUCGCAUUCUUUCUUACCAUACAUUAUUAUGACAGAGAAACCAAUAUUUUGGUUACAGAUUAAAAAUGUUUUGAUAUAUAUUGCCAUAUAAAAAAAUUGCUUGCAUACCGCAUUCGCUUCAGACUUGCUAUGUGUGUUGCCCGGUACGAUAAUUUUUAUAGUAAAUAUUCGAGUAUUUUUAGUUCUAAUGUCAUUAAGUUAGUAUCCCGCGGUGCAUUAGCUUAAGUAUUAAAUAGGUAUUCGUGUGCAUUUUAUCUUUAAUAAGUUAGUUUAGCUUAAGGAUAAUUAUUUAAUUAGUAAGUAUAAGUUUAAUUGAGAAUGCGAAACUAGUCACCAACUACGAGAAACAAAUAAACACAGCAUAAAUCGUCUUGUUAUAUAUCAAUAAAAAAGCCUUUAUUGAUAUAUAACAAGAUAAACAUAUUUUUCCAAUAUGUUCAAUGGUAAAGAACAAUAUGAGCUUGGCGUUAUUAAUUACAAAAUAGAAGACAUAAAAUGAAUGUUAUAAUAUACAUAUAAAAAACCUUAUGUAUACGUCUGUGAUCUCAUAUAAUAGUUUACAUUUAAAUCAAUGUAAAUAGUAAAUAUAAUCUGUCUUUCUUAGCCAAUCUUAAAACUUUUUACCAUUUUGCUUUAAAAUGUGUUUGAAAUUAGCGAUCACAAUUAUUAAUAUGCUUUCAGUGUUUUGAUAGAAGUUUUACUUGCUUAUGCUUUCACUUUAAAAUACUUAAAUAAUGUUUAGUGUAUACCUAUUGCUUAAUAAAACGAAAAUGUUAGCAAGCCAAAUAUUUUAAACAUUUAUUAAUAAUUACAAUGUACCUAACAUACGCAUUUAUUCCAUUCCAAUCAUAAAAAUGUGGAAUAUUUUUUAUAAUGUGGUCGAAUAUUCUAUACUCUAUGGAAACUGGAAAUGGCGGGAAACUUUUGCAGUUACAAAAUAAUGUUUAAUUUAUUUGGCUUUUCUUUGAGCUCAAAAUGCAACAAUUGCUCAUAUUAAAGCUCAGUGUAGCUUCAUUGUUUGGAUAAAUUACAAAUUACGUAGGAUUGUAAGAUUUUAAUGUGUGUAUAUUCAAAUAAUAACAAAAGCGCCUAAUUUUUUAUUUCUUUCAUGCUUCUUAUAUUUUUCUAUUGUAUACUUAGGUAUAAGUUACUAUUAAUAGAGAUAAAAAAACGACGAAAUUUUGAAUGAAAUAAUGAUUUGUUUCAUUAAAAUUUCGUCGUUUUUUUACUCUUUGAUAAGAGUUUCGUAAAAAAGGACUUUUACUGGUCUGCGUUACGUGAUUUAAACUUAUUUUGUACAAGUAUGGAGGCUUAAAAGUAUAGCUAUUUAAAAUGAAAGGUAUAAAAACAAACGUGCUAGAUCAUGAAGAAUAUGUUACAAU